AUGUCCACCCGCUCACCAGACUUGCACCACGACCAGGCCUCCACAAACUACAAAGAGGCUUUCUCGCUCUUCGACAAGCGCGGCACCGGCCGUGUCGCCCUCGAGUCUCUCGGCGACCUGCUCCGCGCCUGCGGCCAGAACCCCACGCUCUCGGAGAUCGCGGACCUGGAGAAGAACGUCGGCGGCGACUUCGACUUCGAGUCCUUCCUCAAGGUGCUGAACCGGCCUGGUGGCUUCCGCGAGCCCGGCGAGCCCGAGGAGUACUGUCGGGGCUUUCAGGUGUUUGAUAAGGAUAUGACGGGGGUUAUUGGGGUCGGGCAGUUGCGUUAUAUCCUCACGAACCUCGGCGAGAAAAUGACCGAUGAGGAGGUUGACGAGCUGCUUAAGGCGGUUGAUACUAGCUCUGGGGAGAUCAACUAUACCGAUCUCGUUCGCACCAUCCUGGCCAACUAA